GAAAAAGAAAAGGCUUGAAAUUGCACCAACACUUAUUACUAUAAACAUUAAAACAGAUUAGCUUGGAUCACAAAUCAUACAUGGCCACUGUUUUUCUUUCAAAACCUGUUUGGCUGCCAAAGAAACUCAAUGUGGCACUCAAUCAACAAUGGCUACCCGAUUUCGACAUGCGUGCGAAAAAACUGCAGCCAAAAAUCGGGCACGAGGUCAAUGGCAAACCACUCGGAUACUUCUCCCGCCAAAUCGUAAACGCCUAUCAAGCCACCAUAAAAGAUGCUCCGAAAGAAAAUGUAAGCAUAGAUGUCCAAAAGGAUCCCUCGGCCAACUACGUACCGUUGUUCGUGAUGCUUCAGCUUGACGUCAUCACUAGAGAAAACAAGCUCCUAAACGAGCAAAAGCUUGAGUGCCAGCUCAGCAAGCUAAAGAACGCGGGAGCCGAUGGGGUGAUGGUUGACGUGUGGUGGGGAAUAGUCGAGAGCAAAGGCCCAAAACUCUACGAAUGGUCUUCUUACCGAAAAUUGUUUCGACUCGUCGAAGAAUGUGGGCUGAGAGUACAAGCGAUAAUGUCGUUUCACCAAUGUGGUGGCAACAUUGGUGAUGCUGUCUACAUUCCGAUUCCGGAAUGGGUUCUUACAAUCGGAUUCGAAAAUCCAGACAUCUUUUACACAAACAUGUCGGGAAAUCGAAAUCGAGAGGACUACAUGAAGAGUUUCAAAGAGAACAUGUCGGAUUUUAUUGAAGCCGGGACUAUUAUAGACAUUGAAGUCGGGCUUGGUCCGGCAGGGGAGCUCAGAUAUCCGUCAUAUCCCGAGACUCAAGGAUGGAAAUUCCCCGGAAUCGGAGAAUUUCAAUGUUACGAUAAGUACUUGAAGCAAGAUUUUAAGUUGGCUGCAGCCGAGGUAGGGCAAAUGAAGUGGGAUCUACCGGACGAUGGAGGAACGUACAACGACACGCCAUGCAAAACGGGAUUUUUCGCGCCAAACGGGACUUACCUAACCGAGAAAGGGAAGUUCUUCUUGACAUUGUACUCUAACGGGUUAAUCGAGCAUGCGGAUCGAAUUCUAGACGAAGCCAACAAUAUUUUCCAAGGAUGCAAAGUCAGGUUAGCUGCCAAAAAAAANGGUAUUCACUGGUGGUACAAAGAUGAAAGUCACGCGUGUGAGCUGACUUCCGGGUAUUAUAACGUGAAAAAUCGAGACGGGUAUCGACCUAUAGCUAGGAUGAUUUCAAGACAUCACGGCACGUUGAACUUCACGUGCCUCGAGAUGAGAAACUCCGAACAACCGGCCACGGCUAAAUGUGGACCUCAACAGCUCGUUCAACAGGUUUUAAGUGGCGCAUGGACCGAAAAAAUCGAUGUUGCAGGUGAAAAUGCUCUUUCAAGAUUCGAUCGAAUGGGCUACAAUCAAAUCCUCUUGAACGUGAGGCCCAAUGGGCUCAGCAAAAACGGGCCGCCUAACAGUAAGAUGGCUGCCAUGACGUAUCUUCGCCUGUCGGACGAGCUGCUUGAGCCCAUCAACUUCAGGGUAUUUGAACUAUUCGUGCGAAAAAUGCAUGCUGAUCAGGAAUACUGUCGGGCAGCAACCGAUUUAGGCCCUUUGCAGAGGUCGAAACCGAAGAUUCAGAUCAAAGAACUUCUGGAAGCAACUAAACCGAUCGAGCCAUUUGCAUGGGAUGAGCAAACGGAUACGAGUGUCGGUGGCAUUUUUUAUGAUAUAUUGGACUAUUUUUCAAGCAAGUUUCUAUUUUUUUUUUUUCCCUUUCUCUAUACUAACUGAUAUUCUAGCAUGCAAUUAGUUGCAUCUAUUGUUUGUAAAAUAUAAAGCCUUUGUUUCAACUUAUUUUGUGAAUAAAGAAGUUCAGAGUUUCCUUAUCUAUAGUUU